AUGGCCCCCAUCUUCUCAGGGCUUCUCUUCUCCUGCCUGCUGCUCUCUGGACUAACACAAGGCGAGAAGGAUGCCUCUGAUCUUCCUUCUGUUAGGAGCUCCUGCCCUGAUGGCUUUGCCUUCCAUGGCUCCUACUGCUAUGGCUUAUUAGGAAUAAUAGAAAAGGAGUCCUGGAACAGUGCUGAGUUACAAUGCCAAGGCUACCGCUCAGGACACCUGGUGUCCCUACUCAAUCAGAAUGAGGCUGAUUUUGUGGCCACCCUGAUCAAUGAGUAUCAAGUUGUCACAGAACCUGUCUGGAUUGGCCUGCAUGACCCCAACAAGAACCGUAGGUGGAAAUGGAGCAGCAACUCCCUAUUUCUCUUCCAAGCCUGGGCAGACAAAGCUCCCAGUAGUGAUAAAGCCAACACAUGUGCCACCCUGAAUAAUGAUACUGGCUAUCUGAAGUGGAGAGAUGAACCUUGUAAUAAAAAGUACUCCUUCCUCUGCAAAUUCAGGCCCUAGAGGAAACAAGCCAGAAGGGGCUGGGAUUCUGCGACUUUGGGGCCACGUGUACAUCCAGAGAGCCCUGGCCAAAGACUGGUCUCCCAGAAAUCCUUCUUCCCAUUUUCCCUCCUCACACUCAAACCAACCUUCCCUUUUCAAGUAUCCUUUCAAGUAUCCAUAUGUGCCCGUUUCCCCAUUUAUCCUAGUUCUCUUGGUGUUUCCUGGCCUGGAGUUCUGGGCAAUCAGAAUAAACUAUCAU